AUGCCAGAUCGAGAAGUGGAAGAAAUAACACUGAAACAACUCUUGGAGGAAAUUAAAAAUUCUAAAAAAGAGGUUAAAAAUUGCAUAUCUGCAUCAGAAUCUAGGUUGUUGUUGGAGAUUCAAGCAUUGAAAAGCAGAAACGAAUAUUUGGAGAGAGAGAGCGCAGACCUAAAAGAAAGACUCGAAAAAGCUGAGCGCAUAUUGAAUAAAAAUAAUGUUUUAGUUUUUGGUUUGAAGAGGGAUACAAAAUUGACAUCGGAGUUUCUCUGCUGUGAACUUAAUAAAUUGUUGAAGACUAACAUUGAAACCACAGAAAUUAGUGAUUGCUACGCGCUGGGAAGGGAAAAAAAUUGUCCUCGACAGGAAAAUAAUAGGCUCAGGUCGUUCUUGCUGAAAGCUAGAGCAAAUUCAUCCGAAAAAUCCUAUAUAAAGGGGAAUAGGUUGGUGGUUGGACAGAGGAUUUACGAUUUGGAGGAGCUGGAUAGUUCUGAAGAGGAAAAUAGACCAAAUAGCGCACCAAGUACUCCUGCCGCUGAGGAGCAAACUAAGCCUUUAGAACAGAGAACAGAUUAUGGAUUGAUAGAUUCAGCUUCUGGGGUAGCUACAAGUAGUGUGAAAGAACGUUUGGCUAAGUUGAUGACACCACAAUUGGCAACGCAAAAGAAAAUAUUUUUACAUAGGAAGAAACCACCUUCAAAGGAAGAAUAUAUAGAAAAAUGCACAAGCGUGAUAUCCGCGAAAAAGAAAAAUCAGAUCAGAAAGGAUUAUGUUACUCCAAGUAUCAUGAAAGUUAUAGAUGAAAAACAAAAAUUGUUUAAUAGGGUUAAAAGAGAACCAAACAAUUCACAACUGAAGAGCGAGUAUUCUAAAUUAAAAAAUAAAUUACAAAGGCUCAUAAAAGAAGCCAAAACGCAUUUUUUUGAAAAGUGCAUAAAAAAUAAUGAAAAAGACUCCAAGGCUUUAUGGGACUGUGUGAAAAGGAUUACCAAUUACGAAAAACCGGAUACAAAUAUAAAACACAUAAAAAAUGACGAUGAGGAAAUCAUAGAGAGCGGACAAGAAAUGUGCGAUCUUUUCAAUGACUAUUAUAGUCGACUAGGGGAAAGUUAUGCAAAUGAAAUAAUUGCUCCUGCUGACUUCACAGAGGAGAAAAUAUUAAAAGUAGGAAUAGUGAAACCACUCUAUAAAGGAGGAGACAGGAGUCGCAUGCAGAACUAUAGACCGAUAACUUUAGUUUCAAAUCUGGGAAAGAUCCUCGAAAAGUUGAUUAAAGUUCGUAUGGAGACAUUUAUAAAUAAACAUAAGAUUAUAUCAGAUAAUCAGUUUGGUUUUCGAAAAGGCAUGUCGACAGAAAAUGCCAUAAAAAAAGUCACAGACAUCAUAUAUAAAAAUAUUGACCGUAAAAUUCCAACUUUGGCGGUAGUUGUCGAUCUUGCAAAAGCUUUUGAUACUGUCUGUCAUGAUCGUCUACUAGAAAAGCUUGAAAAUUUUGGUUUCCGCGGCAAAGUAUUAAAUCUGCUACGAAGCUAUCUAUCAGAUAGAAUACAAAUUGUACACCUAAAUGGAAAAUAUAGUGAAAGUAAUCAAAUAAAUUUCGGAGUACCACAGGGUACAGUUCUUGGGCCUCUUCUGUUCAUAUUGUAUAUAAACAGUCUCUUCAGGGUUAAUAACAAAGGUGAAAUUAUCGGUUUCGCGGACGAUACCAUGAUACUUUUUCAUGAUGUUACAUGGAAGAAUCUGAAAAAACAAGUAUGCCAAGAAUUUGAGACUCUGACAAAAUGGUUCAGAUUGAAUAAACUUACGAUAAAUAUCAGUAAGACCAAAUAUAUAACCUUCGCCUCAAAUAAAAAGGGAAUUCCAGAUUUAGGAGACUUGAAUUUCGAUGACCAGUUAUAUGUAGCGAAAACACAUUCAACAAGGUAUCUUGGCGUAGUCAUCGAUGAACAUUUGAAGUGGGAUGAACACAUAACGUAUGUUUCGAGAAAACUUAGAGGUAUCUUAUAUAGAUUUAAGUAUAUAAUGAAUUAUGUUAAUUCUCCAAAACAUUUACAGAUGCUCUAUGAGUCGCUGGUGCAGCCACAGCUUUCGUAUGGUAUAAUAGGAUGGGGAGGUGUUUUUGACACACACAAGAGAAUCAUUGAUGUUCUCCAAAGAAAUAUCCUCAAAGUGAUGUACAAAAAAAAAAUUACAUUCUCUAGUGACAGUAUAUACAGUUUAGCUAAAGUAUUAGAUAUAAGACAAAUUUUUGCUCAAAGGAUUAUCUCGCAUAUCAAACAAAAUAAAAUUUCCAUCAUACAAAAAGAACACAAAUACCCUACGAGAGCUGGAGACGAUAACGAAAAUUAUGAGAGACCCAGAGCAGAAAAAAGAAUUGGACAGAGAUGUAGUGAAUAUAUAGCUGCAAGACUAUACCCGAUCGUACCAAAAGAAAUAAAAGAAAUAAAUAAUAAAAAUAAAUUCAACAAAGAACUAAAGAGAUGGCUGAUUGAACAAGACCGAACUGAGAUACAUAAGAUUAUAAAUUCCACUUAA